AUGACUAUCGGCUUACUCAAUCAUCCAGAGAUGCACUUCGGUGCAAUCACUUUCUUUGCAAAACAACAUAAGGAAGAUAUGUGUGGUAGUAAUGGCUUACCCCUCACUCCAAAUUCGAUCAUAAUAUAUGGAAGAGCUCAGAUGCUGAAAGCUAUCAAGAGCCCAUAUUUGUGUCAGUAUCUGGAUAUCAUUAGGGGAAAACAUGAGCGUACCAUUGUUGUGUCUCAAUAUUGUGGCACCCCAUUGUCAAAUAUAGUUGAAAACCAAGAUCAGAGUAUAGAUGAGAUCAAACACAUUGUGUACCAAAUACUUCAAGGUUUGAAUGAGCUCCAUACAAGAAAUAUUGUUCACAGAAACCUAAGCACUGAAAAUAUUCUGUGUCAAGAUAAUAAUGUAAAAUUAUUCAAUUAUGGUCUGUAUCAUUUGACAGAUAAUGGAAAACUGGUCUCAUUUCCCAUUAUUCAAUUGUUGUAUGCUGCUCCAGAAAUAUACCUGGAUGGCAUCCAACACAAUCAUACGAAUCCAAAAGUCGACAUUUGGGCAGUAGGAAUGAUUUUAGCAGAACUUGUUUUGCAUAAAAGGUUUUGGAGCACAUUGAAAUUGGGACAUAGAAUAAGGAAGGUGUUGAGCCUGUUGCAGUCCAACACAUCCGUUUUUGAAAGAAUUGCUCGAGAACAUAACUGUUAUGAAGACUACAUGAAGGUACCAGAAGAUAUCAAAGAAAUUAUAGAAAUUUGCCUGAAUAUUAACGUAGAUCAACGACCAACUUGCGGAGAGCUACUCCAGAAAGGUGUGUUCAACCAACAAAAAACUGACAAAAUAUCAGAAAAGAAAAGUUUAUGUGAACCUUUUGAAAUAUUCACAAUACACGAAUUUUAUCACUGGUGGCAACUGGCUGGAGGAGAUAUUUUUCAGGAGCUUAAAAAGCAAGGACUCAUCAGAUCUAGUCCACCUAUAUUGUCCCUUCCCCAGUUAGUUUUGAUCGAGGGUGGUUUAUUGGGCCAGGACAGGAAUCCAGCCACAUUAUUUGACCCGCGAAUAGUUGAAAUGCCGCUGGCUUCUCUCUACCAAAGGUUCGAAAACAUCCCGUUUACGGCAUUCUAUCCCCUGAUACAAAUAAAAUCUGAUAUCAUAUCUCGUUUGGAACCACCUCCAUACGAUGCUACAGGAUUGCCACUAAUUAUCAAAGAAAGAGAUCCGGAGUAUCAGUUUCAUAGAGUUAUUUUGCUCAGAAGACUUUUGCAUGGUUAUCCUUUCACUAGAGAACUUAUUGUCAGAGAGGCAGAAAAAGAUAUUCCACCAUUGCUACGCGGUGAAAUAUGGGCCGCAUUACUGCAUGUCAAAGGAGAUUACAAAUCCCACUAUAUGAAAAUUGACAAAUACUCGAUAACUCCUACUGAUAGACAAAUUGAAGUUGAUAUUCCUAGGUGUCAUCAAUAUAAUGAAUUGUUGUCUUCCACAGAUGGUCAUCAAAAAUUGAAAAGAAUACUAAAAGCUUGGGUGUGCAAAAACUCGAAUUACGUGUAUUGGCAAGGUCUUGACUCCCUGACAGCACCAUUUUUAUAUCUCAAUUUCAAUGAUGAGGCUAAAGCAUUUGCUUGUUUAUCUGCGUUCAUCCCGAAAUAUCUUCACAAGUUUUUUCUGAAAGAUAACUCAGCUGUGAUAGAGGAAUAUUUGGCGAAGUUUUCACAACUUAUCGCUUUCCAUGAUCCAGUGUUGGCAAAUCAUUUGUAUGAGAUAAAUUUCUACCCACAGUUAUUCGCUAUUCCAUGGUUCCUAACAUUGUUUUCACAUGUAUUUCCCCUUUACAAAAUUCUGCAUCUCUGGGAUAAGGUGCUAUUAGGAAAUUCAUCUUAUUCUCUGCAUAUCGGCUUGUCCGUCUUGACACAACUAAGGGAUAGAUUAUUGAAUGCAGGCUUCAAUGAAUGCAUUCUAUUGUUCUCCGAUUUACCGGAAGUUGAUAUCGAGAAGAGUGUAUAUCUUUCAACUGAUACGUUUAAAACAACACCUACAAGUAUAACAGCAAGGGAACAUGAAAAUUGUGAAUUUCAAGAAAGAGACAAAUAUGAUAUUUCAGGAGUAACCUUGGAAGACUUGAAAAGAGAAAGGUAUCCUCGAAUAAGUGCCAAUGACAUUGUCAGCUUGGUUCGCAGUAACCCCGAAAAAAUGUGUAUGGUAGAUAUACGGAAUAUGACUCAAUAUAAUAGAUGCAGUGUCAUCGGCAGUAUCAAUAUACCAUUCUCAAGUGUAUCUUUUUCUGAUAAUAAUAUUGAAAAUAUUGGACAACAUAGUCAGUUGUUGAAGGAAACUAAUAACAAGGUAGUUGUUGUAAUUGGAGAUGAAGAAACUGAUAUGGAGUUGUUCCCAACAUUUUUGCUGAAAUGUAAUGUCAAAAAAGUAUGUGUGUUACAUGGCGGAUUUAACAUACUUUUAUCAGUCACACCAACAAUUCUGGUUUCCCAUUCCCACAACAUCUGA